CGCGCAGCUGUGAUCUCGUGCCAUCGUCGGCGCUCUGAAAAGUUCAUGGAUAAAAGGAGCACGGCAUGGUGCUGGGUGGUACCAACAGCUCAACUGUCGCGCAAAGCCACAUAGAAACUAUGAAGUCCUUGAUGGGCGAGGAGCACGCGCUAGAGACAGGUGCAAGCGUGGAAACCUCUAACGGCAUGAUGAUCUCCGAGGUCCUUAUCCCUCGCCUGUUCAAAAUUGCGCACGAGUCUGGAGAGGUGGCAGUGGCUGCGGGCUCCGGAUCCUUGGAAAUGAAGCCCUCCGGCUUCCCGAUACUUCUGGAGAUGAUGGAGGUCUCAAACGGCACGCGCUGCGCGGAGCAGAUUCUCAGCUACGGAGAGGUCGAGAAGGUGCUUAUCGGUGGAGUGCUGACCAUGCUCACGCUCAUCACGAUCUGCGGGAACUUGCUUGUGGUCAUCUCCGUGUGUUUCGUGAAAAAGCUACGGAAGCCCUCCAACUAUCUCAUCGUAUCCCUCGCGCUCGCGGACCUCUCCGUUGCGCUCGCGGUGAUGCCGUUCGUCAGCAUCACGGACCUGAUCGGUGGCCGCUGGAUUUUUGGCAAGUUCUUCUGUAACGUGUUUAUAGCCAUGGAUGUGAUGUGCUGCACCGCUUCCAUUAUGACCCUCUGCGUUAUUAGCAUCGACCGGUACCUUGGCAUCACCAGGCCCCUAACUUACCCAGUGAGACAGAAUGGCUGGUGUAUGGCCAAAAUGGUGCUUUCUGUAUGGCUGCUUUCUGCGUCAAUCACCUUGCCGCCACUCUUUGGCUGGGCACAGAACGUGAACGAUGACCGUGUGUGUCUGAUCAGCCAGGACUUCGGCUACACCAUUUACUCUACAGCCGUCGCGUUUUACAUCCCGAUGACUGUCAUGCUGGUCAUGUAUCACCGCAUCUACCGCGCCGCCAAGCUCAGUGCUGCCAAACACACCAUCACCGGCUUCCCUCGCUCAGGACAGGAGGAGGAAGAGGAGGAUGAGGCGGAAGGGGCAGAUGGGGCGGAAGAACACGUGGAAGUGGAUUGCGUAACCGUGGCGAUCAAGCUGCAGAGGGAAGUGGAAGAAUGUGCGCGUCUGCCUCGACUCCUGCGAGGAGUGGGCAGGAGGAGCUCGGACCGCAGGAGCAUCUCCAUAUUCAAGCGGGAACAGAAAGCGGCGGCCACGCUCGGGAUUGUGGUUGGAGCGUUCACCGUCUGCUGGCUUCCGUUCUUUCUCCUCUCCACGGCCCGGCCCUUCAUCUGCGGGACGGAGUGUAGCUGCAUCCCGCUGUGGGUGGAGAGAACCCUGCUGUGGCUGGGCUACGCCAACUCACUCAUCAACCCCUUCAUCUACGCUUUCUUCAACCGUGACUUGCGCACCACCUACCGAAGUUUGCUCAGCUGCCGUUACCGCAAUAUUAACCGCAGGCUGUCAGCCGCCGGCAUGCAUGAGGCCCUACGACUGGUGGAAAGACCGGAGGUGGUUGUCUCCGGGUGACCCCAACUGUGCAAACACAGUUCAGAGGUCAACGUACAAGCCUAAAUGGUCAUGAUGACAUUUAGGAUUGUGUCAUGUUUGGACAGUACCGACGCAGUCCGAAACAGCGGUCAAAUUAGACAGAAGGGUGCAUCAUGGUCAAUGCGAUUGCAUUUUCUCAUAUUUGCUGACACGGGAACACAACCAUUGGUUUUCCUUUUGUAGAAGAGAGAAAAAUACAUAUAGCUGAUGAAUCAAAUAGAGUUCAGCUUCUAUUUCAGUUCCAGAUAACCUAAAAGAAAAGCGAUGUAGUUUAUAUACAAGACGUGCGCGAUAUUGCACCGGUAUCAUGAUAUCUUGUCACUCGAUGGACUCUGGAUAUGCAGAUCAAUAGAACUGUAGGGAGAAAUCGGUUUACAUUUAUUCAUUCUUGAAAACAGAAAACCUCUCAGCUUGGUUUCUGCGUUAAAAACGUUUAUCGAGCUGUGAGAAACUCGUUUGUCAACUGUCAGCACCUGUUAUUUCACUAAGUGUGAUUCAUCUGUGUCUGAAUCGCUUGCGCCUCUGUGCCGAACACCAUUUCUUUCUGCACAUGCUUACUCUGUAUAAAACCACAGAUCAUUUUAUGCAUUGAUGGAAAACAUAUUAAAGCACAGAUCUAAUGUCAGCUAAGCUUCUUUCUCCAGCUGUGAUUAAGCCAGAAGGAACAAGACGUAAUCUGAUCACAGAUCAGUAAUUAAAGGGAUUUUGAUGAGAUUGACUCGGGUCUCUUUUUUUUUGUAGGCAGCUAUUUAUAGGUUGAUUCUGCUCAGAUCUUAUGUAAUUAGCUUGUAUGUCGCUAGUAUUUAUUUAUCAUACAUGUCACAGAAACAUUCACGCAAUUGUAAUCAGGGUCAGUCUUUGGAGUCCCUCACAAUCACUUGUCACACACCAAUUUGUAUAAUGACUUUUGUACUUAUGUCUACCUGUGCAAAAUGUAAAGAUACUUAUUCAAUGUCUUUUUACUGUAGUAGGUGUUUUAACAUUAUAAAAUAAAGGAUCAAAGUGC